AGCAGUAGAGAAACAUCCCCCGCUUCGCCAGAGGAGACUGCGUACCUGCCCUUCCUCCUGACCGCAUAAUUCCUCUUCCUACUGUUGGGCCGCUACGGAACCCCCGAAACCGCCAGGAUGAUGCCAUCCGCGCAUGUCUACGGCCACCACCAGUUCAAUCCCCAGGCGGAUUCGGCCUGGAUGCACCAGCAGGCCGGCCAUCACCAACAACAGCACGCCCACCAAGCUGCAGCUGCGGCGGCUCAGCAACAGCAACAAGCCCAGCAACAGCAGGCGCAGCAGGCUCAGCAGCAGGCUCAGCAGCAACAGCAUCAGCAGCAGCAGGCUCAGCAGCAGCAAGCCCAACAGGCUCAGCAGCAAGCUCAGCAGCAGCCUCACUACGGACGCAUGCCCGGCGGCCACGCCAACGUCAACAACAGCCUUGCUGCUUCUCACGGGCAAGAUGGUGGACAUGAUAACAUCUCGGAGGACAAUAGGCGGACAAUGGCAUACAUUGCGGACCUUUUGAGCGAAAAUACUAGAGAGGCAGCAUUGCUGGAGCUUAGCAAGAAGAGAGAACAGGUGCCUGAGUUGGCUCUGAUAUUGUGGCACUCGUUUGGUGUCAUGACGUCCCUCUUGCAAGAAAUCAUCUCCGUCUACACGCUCCUCAAUCCAUCGCAACUCACGGCGGCUGCAUCGAACAGAGUAUGCAAUGCGCUAGCUCUCCUUCAGUGCGUGGCAUCCCACAACGAUACGCGGACCCUGUUCCUCAACGCGCACAUACCUCUCUUCCUCUACCCUUUCUUAAACACGACAUCCAAGUCGCGACCGUUUGAGUACCUCCGCCUGACAAGCCUAGGCGUCAUCGGGGCCCUAGUUAAGAACGACUCAUCCGAGGUCAUCAAUUUUCUGCUCACAACGGAGAUCAUCCCGCUCUGCCUCCGUAUCAUGGAAACUGGAUCAGAGCUCAGCAAGACUGUUGCCAUCUUCAUUGUUCAGAAGAUACUGCUAGACGAUAAUGGUCUUAACUACAUCUGUGCCACCUAUGAGCGCUUCUAUGCUGUCGGCACUGUCCUGAGUAAUAUGGUUGCUCAGCUCGUCGAAUCCCAGACCGCUCGCCUGCUUAAGCACGUGGUGAGAUGCUUCCUUCGAUUGAGUGAUAAUGCCAGAGCGCGAGAGGCCCUUCGACAAUGCCUCCCGGAACCCCUGCGAGAUGCCACCUUUUCGUCUGUUCUUCGUGACGACGCAGCCACUAAGAGAUGCCUUGCUCAACUCCUGAUUAAUCUCUCCGACAAUGUGGUUGAUCCUAAUUCUGCCGGCGUAUCUGCGCUGUAGUUGAAACGAAAAGAGAAAAAGAAGAAAGAACAGACGAAAAAAAAGUCAAGCAGAAUAACCGGCACCUUGAUUUGCAUUGAUAGGAGAGAUUUACAGGAGUCUAGACGAACGGUUUUUCACGAAAAUUUAUGGACGGUAUAAAUCAGUUCACAAAAAAGUAAUCUGCAUUAUUGAUACCCGCAGCUGCUUGGCAUAUCCCACCGCAGCAAAUUUCUUUACAUCUUCUUCCAAGGCAUUUGACAUGGUCUUCUGCCUCGGCGUGCCGCGAAGGAUGCGGGAAUCUUUUCUCAAGAAUCCUAGAUGAAAAUCUAGAUCUUGAAUGUACCAAUUUGUUUUUUGCUUCAUAGCCAGGGGUGAGAUGGUUCCUGCAUGCACUGGGGUUGCUGCUUUUCUUUUCCCACUAUGAUUUUUAUUUUACUUUAUCUUAUUUGUUAUUUCGUUCCUUUCGUCG